AUGGCGGCAGCAAACUCCGAAGCCUCCGAUAUUCCCAAAUACCUCCAGAAAGUCGAAUUAACCCAAGAAAACAAAGACCUCAUUGCCACCUUACCUAGCGAUUCGUUUUGGGAACCGUUUACAAUCCAUCAAUACGAUGGUUUCUGGCACACCACAAAACAAUUACAGGGAACCCUCAAUAGCCAAAAACACUUCAAAGCUCAAGACUCCGACAUCCUUCUUAUCACCUUACCGAAAUGCGGUACCACCUGGCUUAAAGCCCUAGCCUUUGCAAUUCUCAAUCGCAAGAUCCAUUGUCCAAAUACAGAUUUUGAUAAGAACCAGUCGCACCCCCACCCUCUCCUCACUACUAACCCUCAUGAUCUUGUACCCUUUUUAGACAUCAAUCUCUACGUGGAUAAGGACAUCCCUGAUCUGACCUCACUUCCGUCACCAAGGCUCUUCGCGAGCCAUAUGCCAUACAUUUCAUUGCCAGAAUCUGUGAAGCUGUCAAAAUGUAAGAUUGUGUACUUGUGUAGAAACCCGAAGGAUAUGUUCACGUCAUUGUGGCACUUUGUCUUUAAGUUCCUACGACUACGACAAGAGUCCAUUUCAAUCGAGGAUUCAUUUGAGAAGUUUUGUGAAGGAAGGAUUGCUAGUGGCCCGUUUUGGGAUCACAUUUUGGGAUACUACCAACAGAGUUUGGACAGGCCAAAUAAGGUAAUGUUUUUGACCUAUGGGGAGUUGAAGAAUGAGCCAGUAAGAGUUCUGAAGGACCUUGCUGAAUUUCUAGGGCAUGGAUUUACUAAGGAAGAAGAGAAUGGAAAUAUAAUCAAUGAUAUACUGAGGUUAUGUAGUUUUGAGAAUUUGAGCAACUUGGAAGUGAAUAAGACUGGAAAGUUGUUGACUGGGCAAAAUAAUAGCAUUUACUUUAGACGUGGAGAGGUUGGAGAUGGUGAGAAUUUUCUCACCUCUGACAUGAUUAAGAAGCUUGAUGUUAUUACUCAAGAGAAGCUGGGUAAACAAAGCGUGAACUUUCAGAUCCAUAAAUCCUGA